AUGUCAAAAAUUCCAAGAAAUUUCAAAUUAUUAGAAGAAUUAGAAAAAGGUGAAAAAGGUUUAGGAGCAGAAUCAAUUAGUUAUGGAUUAACUAAUCAAGAUGAUAUUACCAUGACAUAUUGGAAUGGUACCAUUCUUGGUCCUCCACAUCUGAAUCAUGAAAAUAGAAUAUAUUCAUUAAAUAUUAUUUGUGAUGAAAGUUAUCCUGAUAAACCACCAAUAGUUACAUUUGUUUCUAAAAUUAAUUUACCUUGUGUAGAUAAAAAUGGUCAUGUCUUGGUUGAAGAAUUUGAUACUUUAAAAAAUUGGAAACGAUCUUAUACUAUGGAAACUAUCUUAUUGGAAUUAAGAAAAAGUAUGGCAUCACCUACAAAUAAAAAAUUACAACAACCACCUGAAGGUUCUACUUAUUAG